CGGCACUUGUGACGUCAGUGGCAUGACUGUGGAGCAGUCAGCCUGCCAAAGGAUAGGCAAAGACUAUUAGGCUCUAUGGUGCUUCCUUUGCCUCAGCAUAACACUCGAAUAGCGCGGAUCGCAAUAUUAUUUGGAUUUGUUUUAGUCUCGUUUAGUUUGAGUACACUUUAUCGGUGUGAUCAAAUAUUUCCAUUCCGCGUGCGGUCGGUGUCUAACCCGGGUUGCCCGUUCUCACUGGAGUGAACACUAAGGGGGGGGGGGGACUCCAUGAAAGAUGACGGAGGAGGUGAUAGUUGUAGCCAAGUGGGACUACACCGCCCAGCAGGAGCAGGAGCUGGACAUCCAUAAGAGCGAGCGGCUCCACCUCCUGGACGACUCCAAGACCUGGUGGAGGGUGCGCAACAGCUCCAACCAGACGGGCUACGUGCCCUCCAACUACGUGGAGCGCAAGAACAGCCUGAAGAAGACCUCGCUGGUGAAGAACAUCAAGGACACGUUCGGCCUGAGCCGAACCAAGAGGAAGACCAGCGCCCGCGACGCCUCCCCCCCGGCGGGCUACGACUCGGAGCCCCCGACCAACGGCCGGAGCGCCGGCGGCGGUGGCGGCGGCGGCGGCGGAGGCAAUGGAGACGGAGGCAGAGGAGGAGGAGGAGGAGGAGGCGGAGGUGGAUCGGAGAGGAUCUACGACCUCCACCUCCCGGCCGUGGUGAAGUUCACCUACUCUGCGGAGCGGGAGGACGAGCUCAGCCUGCUCAAGGGCUCCCGGGUAGUGGUGAUGGAGAAGUGCAGCGACGGCUGGUGGCGCGGCAGCUACGGGGGCCGCGUGGGCUGGUUCCCCUCCAACUACGUGCAGGAGGAGGAGGAUGAGGAGGCCGGAGGUGGAGGAGGAGGAGGAGGUGGUGGUGGUGGUGGUGGUGGAGGUGGAGGUGGAGGAGACCCCUCGACCAGACAUUACGCCGACUCCCCGGAGCGGGGGCUCCCGAACGGGCGUGCCGGCGGCGGCGGCGGGGGGGCCCUCCCCCGGGUCAAGACUCUGUACCCCUUCAACUCGGUGACGGAGGAGGAGCUGAACUUUGAGAAGGGCGAGGUGAUGGAGGUGGUGGAGAAGCCCGAGGACGACCCCGAGUGGUGGCGCUGCAGGAACGCGCUCGGCCAGGUGGGGCUGGUGCCCCGGAACUAUGUGGCCCCGCUGACCGAGGGGCCCGGCCCGGCCCCCGCCUCGUCGGCCCCCGGCACGCCCCAGAAGCGGGCGGAGCGGCCCCUGGGCCCCGUGCGCACGGGGAAGUUUGGCGGGAGGGACUGGUACUACGGCGACGUCACGCGCCACCAGGCGGAGGCCAUCCUGAACGAGCGGGCGGAGGAGGGGGACUUCCUGAUUCGGGACAGCGAGUCGUCGCCCAGUGACUUCUCGGUGUCCCUGAAGGCCAGGGAGAAGAACAAGCACUUCAAGGUGCUGCUGACGGACGGAGGCUACUGCAUCGGCCAGCGCAGGUUCGGCUCCAUGGACGAGCUGGUGGAGCACUACAAGAAAGCCCCCAUCUUCACCAGCGAAUACGGAGACAAGCUGUUCCUUGUCAAAGCACUGCCGUGACGCACACACACAUUCACACGUACACACGCGCGUCGACCACAACCUAACAAACACUGGAAAAUGAUCGUAAGGCUCAAAAAAUUAACGCACCACUUCUGUUUACCAAUUCAACUUCUAAAGCGUCUUAACUUCAGCUUUCUUUCCCGAAAUCACUUUUCUUUUUUUUUUUACCAACUCAGUUGAAUGGUCUUAAUGCUUAUGGUCUUCUAUUCCGUUCAGGGAGGGUCUCUAUGCUGCGUCCCUAGCCUGUUGCGCUUUGUAAAUGUUGCCCUCUGGUGGUGAUGAAAGGGAUUAUCCCUUGCUGUAGUACCACCCCAAUGUUGCCACCGACCACAUCAGCUGCUAGCAAAAUGUCUGAGGCCUUACUUUGAGAUUUAAGUCAAGUCCAAGGGAUGAAUCUUUCUUUUUAUUUACUUUUGAAACAUGAAUACUUGACCGCAUCACAUUAUGUUCCUUUAUGAAUGAAUAGGAAGGCAGAAAGAGAUGCAGGUCCAUAAAUUACAAGACACCAUGUUACCUUUCUAAUGUUGUUCAAUUAUUUUAAACUUUUAGUUUUCAUUGAUUUCAUUUGAGCACUAGUUUUUUUGAUUUUUCAUAAGCCAUUUAAAAUUGCUCCUUUAUUGAUUUUCUUUUUCUUUUCUUUUUUUACACAAUAACGACUACCCACCAGUGACCACAAUCUGUAAUUUUGUCACUUUUUCCUUCCCGUCCACAUUCCUGCCUCUUGUUGGGUUCUUGGAAACGGUUUACGCCACCACACACCAGGUCUCUUGAACACGUGGAGCUAAGUACAACAGCCAUUCAAACUCUCCGUUCAGUAGAGGAAUCUUACGAACAAGAGGUGAUCUUUGUCCUCACACACAUCUAAUAGCUGUAUAUCUACAAAGAUACUAAAUCGAGAGAAUAUCUUUUUUGACUAAACUCAUGUUUAAAGAACGUAGUGUAUUUUUGCAAUGAUAAGUCUAUAAACCUGCAUAACCCCGACAUCGUCUUCCUGGAAUGAAUGCGGUUAUGAAACAUUACCUCUGAUUUAAGUAUUUAUUGAAAAUGGGAAGAUUGUUCUGGCCAUUGCUGGAGUCCCAUCUUUUCUUGAGGGAGAAUUAAUGUUUAGGAAUUACAGAGAAUGACUGCGUCACUGACUAGCAAUCAACUUCAUUCACUUUCCGUGUUUCAUGUGCAAAUCCUUUCUAUAUUGAUUCAACCAAUCCAUCAAAAUUAAGGAUGUCACUAAAUAUACACAAUACAAAAUUAUGUGUGAUUGACUACUUUUUAAAAGAGUAUUCCUCCGUAUUGGUUGGAGGAAGUUAGUGUUAACCAAUUGUGAGUCUCUGUGUUCAGUCUUUGUGCACUAGUUCAGCCAACCAAUGGGAUUGUUGAUUCUGGAAGUUUUUUUGUUAUUUUAGAAGAUGCAUAUAUCUGAUUAUUGUUCGAACAUUUGUCAUACACAAGUUGAUUCUACUGUAUUAUGUACAUAAUAUACAAAAAUGAGAUGAGGUGUGAAUAGAUUUGAUCCAGCAAGUGUGUUCUCCAACCAAUGUGAUGGACUUGAUAUGCUUCUUCUUUUUUUACUAAAAACAAAUUUGCUACAAAA